CUAAAGACGCUCCUGGCCCUUUAAGAGCGGAGGGAGGGGGUUCUGAACCGCUUGGCUGCGGUGUUUUUGUCUCCAUGUCAGUGAGCGCUCCUGGCCCAAGACGUCUGAACGGAUUUAUAAGGAUAGGUGCUGACCGUGAGAAAGAGGGGAGGGAAGAAGAAUAGGAGAGAAGAGAAGCCAGAGUGAGGAGAUUGGGGAGGAGGAGAGACCAACCCUGCAGCACACCGAGCAGCUGGUGAGGUUUUGUGGGUAAACGUGUGACAUCAUGGCUCAGGUGCUGCACAUGGACCCCAGCUUCCCAGGAGGGAAGCUUACCCCGUCCGCUCCCCCCUCCCUGCACGGGAAGGAGCAGGAGGCGCCCUACUCUGUGGAGACCCCCUACGGCUACCGUCUGGACCUAGACUUCCUCAAGUAUGUCAACGACAUUGAGAAGGGAAACACCAUCAAGAAGGUGCCCGGUCAGCGCCGGCCCCGCUACGGGUCUCUCCCCCGGGGGUACGGCUACACAGGCUCCUGGUGGACCUCCACAGAGUCCCUGUGCUCCAACACCAGCCAGGACAGUCGCCAAUCAUCCUUCUCCUACUGCGCCCCAGGCUACCACCCACACAGCUCCCACUCCCACUCCCAGAGGCCCAGCUUCAGCACGGCCCGGGUGGAGAAGACACUUCUGGACGCCCGCAGGAAGUUGGAGGAAGAGAAAGAAGGGGCCCCCAGGAGGUUCUCCAGCACACUGGGUAGCAUGCACAACAGCAUGGCCGGAUCCACCACCUCCCUGAGCAGCGCCCACAGCUACAACCGCACCCAUGGAGGAGGAACGGGCUCCUUCACCCCAAUGAGCUCCGGCAUGUCCACGCCUGUGUCACCCACCCCGGCCCACCUGCAGCAUGUGAGAGAGCAGAUGGCGGUGGCUCUCAGGAAGAUCCGGGAGCUGGAGGAGCAGGUGAAGACCAUCCCCGUGCUCCAGGUGAAGAUCUCUGUGCUGCAGGAGGAGAAGAGGCAGCUAAGCGUCCAGCUGAAGAGCCAGAAGUUUCUGGGACACACCCUUGGCUUUGGCAGAGUGGGCCGGCCCCGAGGGGAGCUCUACAUCGACAUCCCAGAGGAGGAGGUGAGCUCUGGAGCUGAAGCCACCACCAGGGUUGCAGCAGGGCCUCUGUCCCCCACCACCCCCACCAGUCCUGAGGGCUCCAGGCCGCAGGCAGACUCAGGCUGUGAGAUUGAGGACACGGUGAUCGUGGGUGGAGCGCGGCCGGCUGGGCAGAGGGAAGUGCGUACCAUUGGGGUGGGACCAGAGGAGGCGAGGGGCAGCCAGCUGGUGGAUGUGGGCAUAGGGGUGAAGGAGCAGGACCUGGGGCUGGUGCCGGAGACAGAGGCCCUGAAGAGCCAGGUGGGCCAGCUGGAGGGCCAGCUGAAGAGGACGAUGCAGGAGCUGUUGGCUGCCCAGCAGCAGGUGCAGGCAGCUCAGAGGGAGAGGCAGGCUCUGGCCCCCCAGGCAAACCACUCGGUCAGGGCCACCAGUCUGAGCUGGCAGGAGCAGCAGGGACGCAGCCUGCAAACGGUAGUCAGCUUUACCCAGCAGCCCCAUCACCGGGCACAGAGAACUGUGGGAAUCCAGGUGUACACGCUGGAGCAACCAGCCACUGUGGUGGGGGUGGGCACGUUGCUCCGAGCAGAGGGGUGCAGCUCCCCAUCCCUCCCUCCAGGUGGUACAGUCCUGGAGGGAACCCACAGAGGACAUGCACAGGCCCUGGGCCCAGAGGAUGCAGCUGUUGAGCUGCCGAUCGCCAUCUCCUCCAAACAGGUCCGAGAGGUCCUAAGAAGUGAGCUGUCCACCUCUGUGCCUGUCACUAAUCCUGCCAUCGCCAUUGAUACCAUUGGUAAUCAGAUGGCUUUGCUGCAUCUGCAGGAAGGAGAGACACCCCAGCACACUGCCAUAAACACCGUCCAUUAUCAAGAAGACCCAUCAAAGCCAGCUGCAGCAGCCUCUCCCCAGACCGCCCUGAGGUCCAUUAUGAAACAUAAGGCAGAAGGAGAACCUGGCUCUCCAUCCACCAAGAAGAACCUGCAGUUCACUGGAGUCAAUGGAGGGUAUGAGUCCACCUCCUCAGACGACAGUAGCAGUGAGAGUUCAGAGGAGAGUGAUGCCAGUGAAUAUCAUGAGACCACAGAGAAACUCCCAGAAGCACCAGAGUCUGCAGCGGGACGGCACCAGCAAGCAGCAGCAGUCCCAGUCUCCUCCACAAGGCUAGAGCAUGUCACUCCGCUCCCAACCACCACCGUCCAACCACCAGCCUGUCAACCUGCCUCUGAGCGGAGCACCAGCCAAUCAGCAACCAUAAGCAUAGGACUGCAGCAUGUAUCCACCUUAUCACCAACCUUGAACACUGCCGUGCAGCAAUGUGCCUCUGACUCUACCCCCACUGAGACUACCUACCCAUCUCCAGCCAAUGACUGUGUCCGUCAGGGGAGUAUUGUCCAAUCAUCGGUCCCAGACCCUAUCCCUCAGGAGUGUACCUCCAUAAAUACUAGCACUGAACCCACUACACCUGAGCAGUGCACCAUCCAAUCAGCAGCUACCUGUUCUGCACCCCCCAAGCCACCCAGAUGCCAACCAGAAGCAACUAACCCGGAAGUAAGGCAGGGUGUCACCCAAUCAAAUACCAUUGAUGUCACCGUUCAGCUAGAUGCCAUCAAAUCACAAACUACUGACCUCGCCCCUCAGCAUUGGGCUACCCAAUCGUCAGCUACUGAACAAAGCUCCCAGCAGAGGAUAGUCCAAUCAUCAGCCUCGACACCAGCACCUGGAAACGCCCCAAGUGCUGCUGGAGCAGCCAAUCAAGAAACCAGACUGGAGUUCAGUGAGAGCCUGAUGGCAUCUCUCCAUGCCCUGCAGAAAGCCCUGGGUGAACCAAAUGCUUUCAGCCAGCAAGCAGCAAGGACAGCCUACACCACGGUGCUCCAGGAGUGGCUUCGUGUGUCCUGUCACAAGGCAGCAGACACUGCCAUGGUCAGGGCCUAUAUGGAUACCUUCUCCUCCGUCUCCCCACAGCUGCUGAAGUUUGUGGUCAAUAUGGCCGACGGCAACGGCAACACGGCCCUGCACUACACCGUCUCCCACUCCAACUUCCCUGUGGUCAAGCUGCUGCUGGACACUGGCCUGUGCAACGCUGACAAGCAGAACAAGGCCGGGUACACAGCCAUCAUGUUGACAGCUCUGGCUGCCUUCCACUCUGACAGUGACCUUCACACUGUCCUGCAGCUGCUGCGCACAGGGGACGUGAACGCCAAAGCCAGCCAGGCGGGUCAGACGGCGUUGAUGCUGGCAGUGAGUCACGGGCGAGGUGACAUGGUACGGGCGCUGCUCUCCUGCGGGGCACAGGUCAACAUCCGCGACGACGACGGCUCCACGGCGCUCAUGUGUGCCUGCGAGCACGGCCACGUCGACAUCGUGCGUCAGCUGCUGUCUGUGCCAGGCUGUGAUGUCACCCUCACUGACAACGAUGGCAGUUCAGCCCUGUCCAUAGCCCUGGAGGCCAGUCAGAAUGACAUCGCUGUGCUUCUCUACGCUCACCUCAACUUCGCCAAGCCUCCUUCCCCUGUAUCACCAAAGUCUCCUCUUUUGGGAUCCUCUCCCCCCUCUGGUGAAACAAAGUGACCACACACUGUAAGAUACCUUUUGGAGAAUUUAGCAGCACCUCUUCAACCAGCUCCUCAACCAUUCCACCACAAGUGUUGAUAUCUGUGUAUAUAUAUAUAUAUAUGUGUGUGUGUGUGUGUGUGUGUGUGUGUGUGUGUGUGUGUGUGUGUGUGUGUGUGUGUGUGUGUGUGUGUGUGUGUGUGUGUGUGUGUGUGUGUGUGUGUGUGUGUGAGUCUGUCUGUGUGUAUUUGUGUGUGAGAGAGUGAUUGUAAUGGUCUUUUUCCUCUUCUCUCUGUGUGUUCUCUCCGUAUGUACUGUAUGUGCACGUCGGCAUGAAACCCAGCACUUGACACGAUCCUAACGCAUCUUUUCUUCAAACAAAAAAGGAAUUCAUCGUGAUGCUAUACUCACAUAUAGUUCUUUACGCACAAGAGUCUGUUUUUUUUUGUUACAGUGUUGGUUGAAAUCAAUCUCCGAUAAUAUUCACAUGUCAGAAUAAGCCGUUUCCCUUGAAACAGCUCAACACACAAACUCAACUCAGCAAUAGUCCCACUUACAUUCAUUUAGUGUUUUUUUAUUGCCGCUAGAUAAGCAAGAUUGUAUUACUUUACCGUAGUUCAUUAUUGUAGCUUAUUUUUUGUUCAUAUGCAUUUGUUACUUAUUACUGUACAAGCAAUAUAUGUCAUUCUAUAUACCAUUGAUAAUCGAUCCGUUGCAAGGACACAGUAGGAAUAUGUUGUGUCUCAUCGCAAUCAUUUAUGAAAUGCCGAAAGUCACCCAUAUCACUGUGAAAUGAUUAAUUCACCCAUAUCAUUCUAAAAUGACAAAAUCACCCAUUUCAUUCUAAAAUACACAUAUCUCUCUGAAGUGUCCUUUAUCGAUUGUAAUCAGUCAGCUGAUUGGUGCUAAAACAAUUCUGAUACAGGACUCCAGUUUAAUUCAGCACAAUAGAUUGAGAUUUCUACACAACCUUUAUUUACGCUAGAGUAUUUUUGAUAGUGUCUUUUUAUUCAACUCAAAUUUCACAGAGGUAACGGUAUGGAUCUUCAACACUGUUAAACAGAUGACAACCUUUACACACAGCAUUGCUACUUUAGAUGUCAGACACCUAGCUGUGACGAGGCCUACAGCAACCUUAUCAGGAUACUGUUGUUUUAAAUUAUGGUCUUACUGGCUAACUUCCAACCACAUUUUAGUCAUUGUAACAGUUAAGCAUUUUUUCAGAAUUUUUAUCCAAAGAUCUUCCCCUCAUAACCAACUCUUUUGUUACACUGUAUGUUGUGGUGAUCCGUCUGAGUGUAAAGAUAAUAAUAUGUGUUGACCAGACAGAUAAUUCCCAACAAAAGAUUUGGUAGCAGCAGCAUUAUCGUUGAGGUCAAUAACAGUUGUAAUGUUCAUGAGAAGGCAACUAGAAAUGGUAGCUACUCUAACUCUCCAAUAAAGGUACUACAUUUCUGAAAUGAAAGAUUGUUUAUUUUCUUGAAUAAAAGGUUUUAUGAGCGGUUUUACUGAGGGAAGGAGUGACGUGGGGUGUUUGGGUACUGACUAGGGUGUGUAAGGUGGUAGGCAAGGUUCAAAUUCCUGUUCAGUGGUCACCCUUUUUGGAUUGGUUGGUAACUAGAAAGUGAUAGAAUGGACUAUCGAUCUAAUGAAGAAUUUGCAUUGUAAUAUAGGUAUACCAAAAUUAUUAUAAUAUUUGACAUUAUUCUACAGUAGUAGUUAUGCAUAAAAUUAUAAUUUAAAAAGGAUUGAAGUCCAAAAUACAAAAAUACACUGAGUAUACCAAACAUUUGGGACACCUUCCUAAUGUGGAGUUGCCUCACCCUCUGAAUGGCACACAUACACAGUCCAUGUCUCAAUUGUCUCAAGGCCUAAAAAUCCUUCUUUAACCUGUCUCCUCCCCUUCAUCUACACUGACUGAAGUGGUUUUACAAGUGACCUCAGUAAGGGAUCAUAGCUUUCAGCAGGAUUCACCUGGUCAGUCUGUCAUCCAAAGAGCAGGUGUUCUUAAUCUUUUGUAUGCUCAUUUGUGUCUCAAUUUGGAUUUAUAUUUUUACAUUAACCCCCCCUUUAAUAUAGGAUUUCCUGAGCAAUUGGAUUUUAUAACGUUUUAUAUUUGUUUUACUUUCUUUUUUAUACAUUUCUAUUUGUAUUACUUGUUCACAACUAUAGGUUUACCUACUCGCACAUUUGUUUUAGUUUUUUGCCUUCUGUAAAAUGCUCAGUUUGUAUUUUUCCCCAUUUGGUUUUAUGGGUUUUUGGAAGAAAAUAAUAAAUCAGCUUUCAUCGUAAA